GAAUCCGCCGAGCUUCUUCUCGUUCUAUUGAGUUUUUCCAGCCGGCUCCCGAGGUAAACGUUGCCCGCCCGCCGUUACGUAAGAUCGAAUUUUUCUUGUUUACGGGCCGCGGCCGGCGUCGGGAGGGUUGCACCGCGAGGGAAAAGUCAGGGGGACGGUAAAGUUGCCCGCCGUUGCUCGGAGUUGGGUAGGAAUUCCUUUGGGACGCAGAGGAUCGGCGAUAUUGGAGUACGUUCGAAAAUGUAGGGUAGUAUCGGGUAACGUCGGGAAUGCGGUAUUGGAAAAUGUUGGGCACGGUUCGGGAAUAUCGGAGAAUGUGAUAUCGGGAAAUGAAUAAAGUUGGAAAAUCGGUAACGCCGACGAAUCGUGGAUAAUAUCGGGGAAGAUUGAAUAAUAUUCCGAUGAUAGAACAUUGUUAGACGACCUCGGCUAGCAUUUUCAUCUUUGAAAUCCCACCGAUCCUCACGCUGAACGUUCAUCCCCUAAAAAAGCUGACGCGGAUCUUUCCACCUUCAGUUUCUUCGUCCCGCGAGCCGAAGCUUCCAGCGGCUCUAAAUCCCCAUCGCCUUCGACAUCGUUAUCACCGAGUCGCGCAGAAGUCGGUGCGCCCCGCGUACUCCUCUCGCCGAGCGAAAAACUCGAAGGGGGUUGGCGCGCAGGCGUGAUCCGGGGAAUCGAAUAAACAGAGAGCAACAAUUCGGGCGAGAGUUUUGACUCGCGCCUGCUGCCCUCCUUUUCGGAAAUGGUGUCUCCGAGUCCGGCCGAGCAGGAUCAUCCGCGCGCGUCCGCUCGAGAUCGCGCCGAGCUCCGUCGACGUCCCCUCUGAAUUAAUCGUCCCCGAGACACGGCGGGAGCCACCGGAGACAUUCGAGGCGGGAGGAUCGAGCAGCCAGCCACUGUAUUCCGUUCGAUCGUGUCCGAAGGCCGCUCGAGGCGUUCGCCAAAAUGGCGGCGGUGGCGUAACCGGUGUUCGGGUCGCGGUCUCUCGUUCUCGCAGUGGUAACAAGGGAGAGGACAUUUCUUCCCCGAAUUAUUCGCGAAGGUGAACGUUUGACGAUCGUUAGGGCCCGUCAGAGGGGAUAUGGAAUCAGCGAUGGUGGGUGGCGGUGAUUGCAAAGUCGCCACCGUGGAGGUAGAGGCGGCCGCGGCGGACAACACGGCUACGCUUCCGGUGACCAGGCCCCUGAACCCGCAAAGCUCGUCGCCGAACGCGCAGGACAACGCCGAGAAGAACAACGCGGCGAACAAAGAGAUGGAGCUGAAGAACGUGCGGUCCACCCCGGCGAAAAAGACGUCGCUGUUCAUUAUCAUGAGCUUCAUCUACGCGAAGCUGCUGGUGGUCGUGUGCAUCGCUUACGUGAUCAGCGAGGUUGUCACGCACAAGCUGCCGCUCUACUACUACGAGGGCUUCUUCACGUAUCUCUACGGGGUUAGCAUCUUAUUUUUGCUGUACGUGUUCUGCUUCCUGCUGCAAGAAAGCGCGUGGUGCGCCAGAGGAAGCGACACGCCGCCGCCGCCGCCUAGGCCGCCCAAGCCGCCGAAAGAGCCCAAGGAGAAGAACAAGAAGAAGGACAAGAAGGAGAAGGAGCAGAAGCCUCCGAAGAAUAAAAAGGAGUACCAGGACGCUGCGGACGUCGAGGCCGGAGUGGCCACUCGCGCUCUGCGGAAGCGGAAGACGUCGCAGAACGAUCAGAGCCAUGGGAGCUUCUUCCUUAGAAUUGGAGCGAUUGCUUUCGGCUUGGGCACCAUGGUCUACAACGGUCUGGAGUUCGGCACGUUCUUCGAGGUGCCUCCCACGUCACCAUGUUACCAGAUCCUCCAGGGCGUGAACCCGCUGCUCCAGAUGAUCUUCACUUUCAUGCAAAUGUAUUUCAUCUUCAUGAACUCGAGGCUGAACAUCCAUCGCUUCAAAGUGAUCGCGCGUUUCGGUCUGAUGCACGUGGUCGCCACGAACCUCUGCGUCUGGAUCCGCACCCUCGUGCUCGAGAGCAUCAAAGAGAUCACGAAGCAUCAUCAGAAAAUGGGCCAGUUCGAGGCGGGCAUACUUGAGAGCAUCAAGCAACACUCGAUGCGAAACGCGGGCGCCAUCUUGGGAACCGCGCCGCGAGACGUUGCUCUAUUGCGCGAAGCUCCAUUGACCGCCACCAGGGCGACGACCUCUGCCACCUCGACGUUAGGCAGAGUGAUGAGAACGACGGCGAGGGCUGUCGCUAGGGCUGUCACCACACCGACGACGACCACCACAACCGGCUGGAACCCUCCGUCUUCAACGACUACGACCUCAACCUCUGCACCCCUGCCUAAUUUGACGACCACCGCCGCGACCACCUUGUCCACUCUCUUGACUACGCUCACGCCGAAAACGACCACCGAAGAGAGGACCAGCACAACCAGCACCACCACCACUACAACCACCACUACCACCACCACCACCACCACACCCUCGACAACCUUCUCAUCUUACCUUAUGGAUCUGUUUGAUCUACCGCAGGCAGACAGCAAGGAAGAGGUUCAUCAGAUCUUCGACGUGAACAACCAGACGAACAGCAGCGAAUUCUGGAGCCCCAACUUCGGGAUCAUCGCGCAGGCACUGACGGACGAGGAAAUCGCGUCCAACUCUUGCGGCCGCGUGAAUAUCAUGGGAACGAUCGUACAAGACGCCGAGCCGUACCUGUUCCCCUUCAUAAUCGAGUACAGCCUGAUCGGAGCUGCGGUGAUUUAUGUGAUGUGGAAGCACAUCGGCCGGCAUCCACGUUGGCCGCAUCAGGUGGAGGCCGAUCUCGAACGUCGCCUGGAGGCCAUGCUGUCUCGGAGAGCCGUUGCUUUAGCCCACGCAGGUCACACGAGGGUGGACUGUGUAGGAGCGAGCAAGGGGCUGUUCUUCGGCCUGCUGCUGCUGGUCGGCUCGCUGAUCUGUCUGAUCCUGUUCUUCGUGCUGAUCCACCACCCGGACUUCGGUCUGAUCGCGAUAUACCUGGCGGACGUGUCGCACUGCGUGCUGAUGGUGCUCUCGAUCAUCGCGAUCAUCGUCGGUUUCAUACGGGUGCAGAGCCUCAAGUUCAAGGCCGAGGAGCAGAGCGACUUGAACGACAUCCUGCUGCGCGUGUCUGGGUUCGGGCUGUUCAUCUACGCCGUGUUCAGCGUGAUCGCCGGCUCCCUGGCGGCGUUCACCCACGAGCCGAAUCUGCUGGUGAUGCUGACCGGUCUGCUCUCGGUCGCCCACGUGAUCCUGCAGAUGCUGUUCAUCGCGGACGUGUCGCGCAGGCGGGUCCACCUGCCCGAGCACGACCGCAGCAAGCCGGGCAGACAGGUGGUCACCUUCCUGCUGAUCUGCAACCUCACCAUGUGGGUGAUCUACACGUUCGAGUCGCGGAAAGUGAUAGCCAACCCGGUGCAGCUCGACUUCUACGGGUUCCUCGCAUGGGCCAUCGUGCAGAGGGUCACCCUGCCGCUCUGCAUCUUCCACAGGUUCCACAGCGCGGUCACGUUCGCCGAGAUAUGGAAGACCAGCUACAAGGCCCGCCUCGAAUAAACACGCAGCCGAGGUACCCUUCGUCGGGAUCUACGGCCCGGACCGAUCGUCGUUCGCUGAGCAGAGGGUCCGCGAGGACCCUUCGGGCCGAGAAUCCACCGGGUCGUCCCUUGAACAUUCCUGGUUGCGCGGUCGACUUCGGGGUAGAGAUCAGGUUGAUGAUGCUUGAACAGAUUGAGGAGUGUAGGUAGCUUCGGGGAUUUGUCGACUCGAGCUAUUCGCUGGAUAAUGGAUCUAUUUGGAUUGAGGUUCGUGUUUGAGACUAGAUUGAUCUUUGAUUUUGAACGUUCUGGGUAAAGGCAGCUUCGAGGCUUCGACGAAUCUGCUAGGUGUCUAAUACAGUUUUUGGAAUCAUGAGAUUCACGUUAGCGACUAGGUUGAUGCUUCGUUGCUCGAGUCGAUCGUCUGAGCGUUGAAAGUGGAGGAAGAUAGCUGCUUCGUCGAAUCUAGCUAUCAAGUGUCCAGUAGAUUUGAGAUGCUGGUUCGUUGAAGACUCUUGAAUCGAGGAAUGAUUGAGGAUUCAGUUGGUUGAUGAUUAAAGUAACUACAGACGCAGGUUCUCGUGGUAUUCCUUCGAUAUGAAUGGUUGCAGUGGGCACUGACUCUGAUCGUUCUUAGUUGGAACGAGAACGAAGUCUAAUAUUGAUGGUACGAUGUUCAAGGGUAGAAGUCGCUUUCAACGAGGGGAUACGGUGGUCCUGCGUCUUCGAAGUCGACCGUUAGCGACGACGAGAACCCGGGGAGGAUCGCGAGGCGCUCCUUUGUUUUUCUCUGUUUGUUGGGCCAAAGCGUUCAGCGUUUGGUUCUCAAGUUCUCCUUGCUUAACGCAGCUUGAACGUUGCUUCCUUGAUCGGUGGGUGAAACGAGGAAGCCCAGGACCAGACUGGUCGAUGAACAUUCGCUGGACUGCGGAAGUUCGUACGAUUUUUUGUUUUGUAGAUCGAUGAAACUUGGAGAAAUAUUUUGUUCGUCCUCUUAUGGUUUCGGUGAGUUCAGAACGGGAUGAAACUGCGUUGAAUUAUACUCGAUUCCGGGUGUUUCGAAUUCUUUUUCGGAGUUUUGGAAGCUACAAGCGUACGAACUUACGCAGUCUGAGCGCGAUUAACGGAGACAUCGAGAUUUCAUGAAGGUCACUGUCCGUCAAGACGACGGCGACGAUGACGAAACAAGCACAAAGACCAAAACCGAGAGACGGGCACGAGUGCAACGCGUGCGACGCCAAUUCUCAUGGAACCAGGGCCCAUUUCCUUUCACCGCGUUUCUCACGUUUCACGAUCUCUAUAUACUGCCGCCAAAUUUUCUACUUUUAUAUAUUAUAUACGUACCCUCGCCCCAUCGUGCAUCGAGAACAUCGAGGCAGCGUCGGUUCACCCUUCGUGUUUCAUCCGAGGAUUCAUUAAGACCCAGUGCUGCGCGAUUAGAAUUUUAUUUGCAUUUCUAUGAAGACUCAAUCUAAUGCAAGGAUCUUUACAAAUAAGAAAAUUAAAGAUCGACUGACGGGAACACUCUCCAUCCCCGGUGAACAUCUUAAGAAGUCAAGCACGAUGAAUAUAAAAGUAGUCUAAUAACAACCAAUCGUAAAAUCUUAUGGAUUUAUUGCGUUGAAUAUAAUACAAAAGGUAAUGAAAUUAGUGACUCCGUCGAAAUUUCAGUCAUUGCAUCGCAAUCGAGGUAAUAAAAGAAACAAACGUCUAUUCAGUUCAUAUUUAAAUCCAACCUCAUUCACUUCGAAAGCUUCUAUUCCCAUGAAAAUCCGCGAUCCAAUCAUUCCCGCCGCGGAAAUGGCGAUCGAGGAACCGAGUUUCGGGAUAGGACGAAGGGUGAACGAGCGCCUCGAGGAGUCACCUCAUUAGGAAACAAGCACGUUCUUCGUUAGCACGGUCCGCGCGAUAGCUUUAGAGGAAUAACCGUGACGGCGACGUAUCUCGUUCGAGAGUCGAGGAGGAAAAGCGAGACAGAGGCUGAGGAUGAAGAAAACCACGGAGUGGAGUCUCAACGGAGGAACGAAAGAACGGGGCGCACGUACAGGGAGAACACGCUCGAUGCGCAGGAGCAGGAGGGUAUAUCGAGUUUCGUUGCGAAGAUGCCGAUUAAUCGAGCGACCGGUCGGCGCGACAGAUUUCCCGAUCUCGCGGACCGACCUCUUUUGUUCACCGCGGGUAAAUCGGUCCAGAACGGAUCAAGGUAGGUGGGAGGGUGGAAAAUCGCGGCGGAGGUGCGUGCAAUCCGGCGUUCUUUCUCGUCGCGUGCUGCCAGAGUACAAAAAAAUCGUUUCUAAACUUUUAGAAUCUUUUAUCGAGACAUCGCCGCGAUCGCGGAUCCAUGAACG